UCCUCAGACAGCAUUAUAACCAUGUUCUCAACCAGAAGCUCUGUUAUUGUGGCCGUAAUCCUCGUCCAGCUGGUGGCUCUCAUCCAGGGAGGUAUCUACAGCACGGAGGACAAGUGGGUGUACCUGGACAAGACCGUAGACCUACCAGAGGAAGCGGUUCUUGGUGGCAUCGAUCCCAAUGGUUACUACAACUACGUGGGUCGUGUGGCCUACAGCAGUAAUAUUCUGCCCGCCCGAGUGGUUCCGGAAUUGGGCAAGGCCACAUACAACACAGACACGUUGGGCAACCAAGCCACGUCCUACGAGGUCCUGGUGUCCAAUGCCACCGUCAGCUACCACUGGAUCCGCAGCUUCGAUGGAUUCCGGGAGAAGAACGCCGUAUCCGUGGGAACCAACGCCUCAAACGACCGUGUGUUCAUCUGUCGUAUCCGUUGCGAUGAGGCGGUCUUCAUUGGAACCUUGUACCUGGCAAAACGGACGUGCAUUGUCAAAUACGAGAACCUGCCGACCCGCCAAUUUGACAAAUACGAGAUCCUCGUUAGGGAACGCCAUGCUGCUACCUUUUCUCCUUUUGUAGAUGGAUACAUUGGGCAUUGAGAUUUGACUAAAAAAAUAAAUAUUUAUUGAAGUAAA